AAUUAGUAUCUACACAAAUUGAACAUCCGUAUGACAAGAAAUGAAAAAGUAUCGAACUAUGUUGAUGUUUACGUUGAUUAAAAUACUUCUUAUAAUAAGUGUGGGAGGAGAAAUCAUCAAAUCACGUUGCCGAUUCGAAAACACAUAUUGCGUUCGAAAUUAUCAAUGCUGUUCAAACAUAUGUAUUUCUAUGGAAAAUUCUGAAUAUAAUGUUUGCGUUAAUGUUUCUGUUCCUUAUGUAACAGCUGAAAAAAUUUUACUUCCUCCUAAGGAUACUAUUGCAAAAAAAAAUGGAAGAAGUAUAUAUAACUGCAUUCCAAACGACUCAAACUGCCGAGAAAAUAGCCAAUGUUGUUCUAAAUCAUGUCAAAGACUAUUACCUUCUUUUCCACGAAAGUGUCUGAAGCCAAAUAGCGAUAAAACAAAGCCUUAGAAACUGAAAUUUUUAAACCUUCACAGCGACCAAAAAUUGGAUAUAUGUAAUAAUAAAUUCAAUUUCUAUAUGUAGUAACUAUGAAAAAAAGGUCAUUUUUCGUUAGUAAUUUGGAAUUGAUGUUAAUGUUGAUGUUACAGUGCUGGUAUUGCAUGCUGUGACACAAAAUUUCAACUGGCAAAAAUUUUUGAAUCAAAAUAAGCCUGAGCUGUCUAAAAAUUCUAUGACAUUCAAUAAAAUAAUAAUAAUAAUUUUA